AGAAAAGAGGGAACGAAACAUGAGAGGCUGUGUGAGAAGCUGCAGCCGCCGGCAGAGGAGACCUCAGCAUCAUCUAGAGCCCAGCGCCGGCCCUGCCUCCGCCUGCCCCGCCGCCGCCGCCGCCGUUUCUGUUCCUGCUACUACUGUCUCACCUAAACAACUCCCGUUACACGGACAAGUGAACCUCUGUGACCGUCUUCUCCUCCUCUUCUAUUUCCUCCUCUUCCAACUCCUUCUCCUCCUCCCACUCCUCAGCCGCCGCAGAAAGCCCCCCACCCAACUGACACUGGCACCACCGCAAACGGUGUCAACCGCACUUUAUCUCGGUCCUCGGGCUCCCCUGAGGCACUGGGCCCAUCGCCUCGUCUUUUAUUUUUUGCCAAGUUGCAUCGCUCUACAUCUUCUCGCCCCCGCCACCUCUCUCUGCCUCUCGAGUGUCCCGCCGCCCCGCAGCCUCCUCCUGGAGCUGCGCCCUAGUGCCCCUGCUGGGCAGUGGCCUUGCGCCCCCAUCCUCCCGCGCCCAGCCCCUGCCGCGCGGGGCAGGCGAUGCUGAAGAUGCUCUCUUUUAAGCUGCUGCUGUUAGCCGUGGCUCUGGGCUUCUUUGAAGGAGAUGCUAAGUUUGGGGAAAGAAGCGAAGGGAGCGGAGCGAGGAGGAGAAGGUGCCUGAAUGGGAACCCUCCGAAGCGCCUGAAAAGGAGAGAUAGGCGGAUGAUGUCCCAGCUGGAGCUGCUGAGUGGGGGAGAGAUGCUGUGCGGUGGCUUCUACCCUCGGCUGUCCUGCUGCCUGCGGAGUGACAGCCCCGGGCUGGGGCGCCUGGAUAGCAAGAUGUUUUCUGUUACCAACAACACAGAAUGCGGGAAGUUACUGGAGGAAAUCAAAUGUGCACUUUGCUCUCCACAUUCUCAGAGCCUGUUCUACUCACCUGAGACAGAAUCCUUGGAAAGAGACCUGGCACUUCCCCUGCUCUGCAAAGACUAUUGCAAAGAAUUCUUUUAUACUUGCCGAGGCCAUGUUCCAGGUUUCCUUCAAACUACUGCGGAUGAGUUUUGCUUUUACUAUGCAAGAAAAGAUAGUGGCUUGUGCUUUCCAGAUUUUCCAAGAAAACAAAUCAGAGGACCAGCAUCUAACUACUUGGACCAGAUGGAAGAAUACGACAAAGUGGAAGAGAUCAGCAGAAAGCACAAACACAACUGCUUCUGUAUUCAGGAGGUUGUGAGUGGGCUGCGCCAGCCCGUCAGCGCCCUGCAUAGUGGGGAUGGCUCACACCGUCUCUUCAUUCUGGAAAAAGAAGGUUACGUGAAGAUACUUACCCCUGAAGGAGAAAUUUUCAAGGAGCCUUAUUUGGACAUUCACAAACUUGUUCAAAGUGGAAUAAAGGGAGGAGAUGAAAGAGGACUACUAAGCCUUGCAUUCCAUCCCAAUUACAAGAAAAAUGGAAAGCUCUAUGUGUCUUAUACCACCAACCAAGAGCGGUGGGCUAUGGGGCCUCAUGACCAUAUUCUCAGAGUUGUGGAAUACACAGUAUCCAGAAAAAACCCCCAUCAGGUUGAUCUGAGAACAGCCCGAGUGUUUCUUGAAGUCGCAGAACUCCACAGAAAGCAUCUGGGAGGACAGCUGCUCUUCGGUCCUGACGGCUUUCUGUACAUAAUCCUCGGUGACGGGAUGAUCACUCUGGAUGAUAUGGAAGAAAUGGAUGGGUUAAGCGACUUCACAGGCUCCGUGCUCCGGCUGGACGUGGAUACUGCCAUGUGCCACGUGCCUUAUUCCAUACCCAGGAGCAACCCGCACUUCAACAGCACCAACCAGCCCCCGGAAGUGUUUGCCCACGGCCUCCACGAUCCAGGCAGAUGUGCUGUGGAUCGACACCCCACUGACAUAAACAUCAAUUUAACAAUACUUUGUUCAGACUCCAACGGAAAGAACAGAUCAUCAGCCAGAAUCCUACAGAUAAUUAAGGGAAAAGAUUAUGAAAGUGAGCCAUCACUUUUAGAAUUCAAGCCAUUCAGUAAUGGUCCUUUGGUUGGUGGAUUUGUUUACCGAGGCUGCCAGUCGGAAAGACUCUACGGAAGCUACGUGUUUGGAGAUCGUAAUGGGAAUUUCUUAACCCUCCAGCAAAGUCCUGUGACCAAGCAAUGGCAAGAAAAACCACUCUGUCUUGGCAACGGUGGUUCCUGUAGAGGUUACUUUUCAGGUCACAUUUUGGGAUUUGGAGAAGACGAAUUAGGUGAAGUUUACGUUCUAUCAAGUAGUAAAAGUAUGACCCAGACUCACAAUGGAAAACUCUACAAAAUUGUAGAUCCCAAAAGACCUCUGAUGCCUGAGGAAUGCAGGGCCACGGUCCAGCCUGCCCAGACCCUGACCUCGGAGUGCUCCCGGCUCUGUCGGAACGGCUACUGCGCGCCCACAGGAAAGUGCUGCUGCAGUCCCGGAUGGGAAGGGGACUGGUGCAGAGUCGCGAAAUGUGAGCCAGCGUGUCGCCACGGCGGUGUCUGUGUUAGACCCAACAAGUGCUUCUGUAAAAAGGGAUAUCUUGGUCCUCAGUGUGAACAAGUGGACGGAAACCUCCGCAGAGUGACCAGGGCAGGUAUUCUUGAUCAGAUCAUUGACAUGACAUCUUAUUUGCUGGAUCUAACGAGUUACAUUGUAUAGUUUCUGGGACUGUUUGACUAUUCCUUUCCAAUGGGCAUUUAUUUUUUAUCCUGUCAUUAAAAAGAACGACUGUUAUCCUGCUACACACUCCUGUGAUUUCAUUUUCUUUGAUUAAUUUAAAAGUCAUUUCCAGAAAUGUGCAGACCCUGUGUGUGUAUAUAGGCACGUUUGUUCACAUAUGCACGUACGCACACACACUCACAACCCCCGUGAGUGUGGUUGCGUAACAGAUGGGUUUUUUAAAAUGUAUAUUUCCUUGUGUGGAGUAAUUUCCCCAGAAAUUCCAUUGUAAAUUGAUAACAGAAUUUUUAUGUCACCAGAAGAGAUUAUUUGCCUUCCCAGGAAUUUUCUGUCUGUAAUCACUAAAGUCAACUUCAACGGAGUUUUAAAGCAUUACUGUGCAAUCUGAUGGAUUGAAUUUUAAAAGGCCAUAUUUUUAUAUUAAAGGACUAUAAUAUGAGAGAAUGUUUCAGAGCUCCCUGAUGAAUUUCUAAGUGGGCAACUUGAUAUAAAAUUGUAAUCUUCAUUUUUAUCAGUGUAUCCAAUCGCAGAAUGUUAACGCACUUACCUUUUUAUUGGCAGAGAAAUCUGGUUACUCUAGCUUAAUUUCAAGAUUGUUUUCAAAUUAAAUCAUAAUGGCAAAGUCUAAAACCAAUCUUCCUAAAAGGUCUGCUUUUAUUGUAUAGUUUAUUUAACAAUAGGCACUGGGUUUGUGUUACAUAUUUAUAUUUUUUAUUUUAUUUUUAUAAUAUAGACAUCACCUAGAUGAAACACCUUUACCCUGUCCUGUAAAAUACUAAAGUUACAUUUUUCACCAACUUAAUUGGAAAGAAGGGGAGUGAGAAAGCAAACAGUCUUUAAUGUGCUGAGGAUCUAAUCUAGCAGUGUAUCCUUGUGCCAACAUGUAAUCAUUACCGACGGAUGAAAAAGCAAGAAAACAGCCACUCCUUAUAAAAUUCCAGCAUUAAACCUUUGUAAAGUGCUUUUCACCAUAGCAAGACUGUCAGAGUAUAUGUGAUGGGAACGUUGCAGGUUUCACCCUGAAUCGCCUCACUGGAAAAGAGUUCACUCGUUUUUAACAAAUCUUGCCUGUGUAAGCUGUCACUUGUACAAAUUUUUAAUAUGAUCAUUCUUGCCAAAUAUGACUUUCAAUGUAUACGUUCCUUCGGAACUCAGUGAAAAUCCUCUCUGGUUCAUUUAUGAAUAAAUUUCCUGUAAAUGUUCUGUUCGGGUUUUUCAAGAAAUGCCACGUUCUAAGUUAAACUGCAAGAAGUCUGGUACACGUUUUUCUUCAUGGUUUUUGAGGCCAUCCUGCCGCGUUUGGAUUAUAACGAAAUUAUCAGGCCUCUUUGCCCCAGUGAACAAACAUCGACUCAUGACAUGUGGGCACCUACUAUAGGUUGCCCUUCUCUAAACAUCUGUUCCUACAGAAUCUAAAUUGUAGAGCAGGACAGAUUAUACAGCACAGACUGACUUCCCAAACCUGCUCCUUACCUUUACGAAAAGGAGCCUCGAUUUCAAAAAUAAACAAAAUCUUGUAACUAAUAUUUGUCUAUUGUUUUCAAGCGAGAGAUUUGCAAAUAAAGCACAGUGAGAAACCACAACAUAGAAAGGUUGGUUAAGUACUCUGCUCUUGUCUCCCAUAUAUGAUUACUUAAGUUUCAAGUGACCUCAUGCCCAAUGGAAAUGGGUUGACAAAUCUUGGUGCAGUGCUUAGGGAACAAUAGCCUGCAUUAAAAAGUGCAUGCAUAAUUUUGCACAAUUUAGAUUUCAAUUGACGGUCUAUUCAAAGAAGUCUCAGGAUUAAAUGAGCAUGGAGACCAAAUUGCCCUCUUACCCCAGAAAAGGGGUGGUCCCUUCUAGUCACACGAACACUUCAUUGGCCCAACAGUGUGACAAAUCUUGCAGUGAACCCUGUACUAGCCCACAUCUGUAGGUUAAUAGCAGUCUUUUGUCCUCUUUGCUUUCUCUUCAUAGCCCUUUUACUGAAUUCCAUCACAGAAAGUUUUACAAUUAAAAAAAAAAAUGUCCUGACAACCAUUUUUGUAAAUGGACCUUAACCAUCUCAUCGUCCCUUAUUCAACGUGGGUGACAUUCACAAAACGUGAACUUCUUGUGAGGGAGCCAGCUGUCUUAAUCUGUCAAAUUGUGCAGUUUUAUUACACAUUCUCCUGUACAUAGUUUCACUGAAAACAAUAAGGAUACUGCUAUAUAUUCAGCCAAAUCUGAAAACGCCCAGCAUUUCUUCUUACAUCUUUAAUCUUUCCAUCUUUUCCAAAAGAAUCUUUCCAAAAGAAAUGGUGUUCUAUUGCCAUUUGUUCUCCUAUUUAAAAAUAUCUAGAUUAAAUUCAUCAGACCCAGCUUUUUUUAUACAGCCCUUUCACAAGUGAAAGAGUUUCAAAUGACUUAGAAAAACAAAUGUGCCCCAGGUAUCAUUGCCUUUUCUAUUGUGAGUCAUUAGAAUAACAGAUCAAAAUCUUCUAAAAAGAAAAUUGCAAGAUCCAGGGAUAUUAAACUCCAGCAAAGACAGUCAUUGGAGUCAUUUCUCUGUGUUCUUAGGAGAGAAGUAACUAGCAAUGGCUAAUUAAUAGCUACCUUUUUAAAACUCAGUGGUCAUUUCAAAAAAUCUUUUGACCUUUCCUUUCAAGUAGAUUUUUAAAAUAUGUAACUGGAGAAUGAUCUUAAAUAAUUCAUGAUGAGAAGAAAGUAAGAAUUGAUUAAAAAGUAUGAGCUAGGGAAAAAUGAUUGUUUCAUCACACGAAUGGUAACAUCUACUUGGUUCAAAAAACACAUAAUCAAAAUGGAAGAAAAUGUCCUUGGUAUGGAUACAAAUGUGUGAGAUAAAGAUAAAAUAAAGAAACAGAAAAAUGUAGAUUAUUAUCCCUUUUUCCAUUCUAGAGCUUAAGCUUUGGGUAUCAAUUUAAUGUGAAAUGCUGUUAUAGUAGUUUUAAAGAGUUGGGAAAAAACUUUCUGCCACUGCUUCUGCCAAACUCUUGCUCUGGUUAAUAGAACUUCGUUUUCUUGCUAGUUAUUUAAGGUAAUGAGAAGAUAACUGAAUUGGCACAUCAUUAAAGUGGAAAGAAGGGAAGAUUUAAGAAACUUGAGCGAUGAUAAAAAGUGCUUCCAUUCGUACCUUUCUUCUUGGAAUUUCCUUUCAAUGUGGCUAUUGUAAAAUAUAUCUUUUAUUUUAUCACAAAGAACACUCAGAAGUUUUCUCAGGUUAACAGACUAUCUCAUAAAGAAAGAGCAAAGAAACCUACCUACACAUGCAACAUAUACAUACAACCUAAAUAGAAAACCAUUCUCUUUUUCAUUUACAUACUUCAGAGCAGGCACUUCUUCUCUAUUUAUUUCUUUGAAAAUAAUUACAUGAUAAUGUACUAAUAAUGUUUAACAUUUUUGUGAUGUUGUUUUUAUCUCCAAAUCAUAAACUAUACAAGAACCCGACUAGGUUUAGGACUUAAGGUUAGAUGCUACAUCUAGGGACUUUUAAAGAACACAUUAAUUUAAACUUUUAUUAGUCUAACUUUUUUAGUUUGGAAACAUAAAAGAGAAACCAAGCCUAAAUUUUUAAGAGGAAACUAAGGUAUAUCAUAGGCAUUUGUAGUUGGCUGAUCAAUAAAUUAGAGUUUCUGGGUGUCUCUAUAGAACGUUACCUGAGAUAUCUAUCUUUCUUUUUCUGUUUCUCUGUCUUUUUGCCUCCCCACCCCCAUGUAUCCCUCUUCCUCUUAACUUCUCUCUUCUCUAUUUCUAUUGGUUCUGACGAAACAGACAUGUCUUCAGUACACCCAUAAUAAAGAUACCCUGGGGCAGGUUGCUAUUGAUUUUGCUGGUGAUGAUCUUUUCUUUAGUUUCCUGAAAACACCUUCUCCUAGUACCACAUUUGCUCAGAUGCUAUAUCAUAAAGAACAGUAGACAAAUAUGAAUAUACUAGACUGACCUAUUACAAUCAUUGAAAGAAGUAACAAAAAGCAUAAAUGACUCCCAGCCUGGAUGUCCCAGCUCUGCUGGAGUUCCAUCUUGGAUGCUGAAAAGAAUAUCCCCAGUCAAGAGCGCAAGUUAACAGUAGGGAAAGUUAGUAGCUAUUUCCUAUUCAAGCGACCACCAUCUCGGUGGAGUCUAUUUUAAAUAAGAUUAUCCGAAAUUGAUGAGGAAAAAAUAAGUAGUUCCUCAGUGGAGACUUCAGAAUCUUCUUUCCCCACCCUUGAGACUUGAACUUGCAGAGAACUCAGACCAAAGUUCCAUGCCCAGAAAACGUACCUAUUUCUUUAUUACCCACAGGAAGUUAGUGGGCCUGUUACUGUGACAACUGGCAGUACGUUCAGAAAGUUCUCAUUAGAAUAUCCUAAAGAAAUCGAUGUUUGCUCUCUUACUUUCUUUCUCGUCAUCACACCAACACAAAUCAGUCAUACCUCUAAUAAUUAAUAUGAUGACAAAGAAGGUGGGAAACCUAAGAAUAGAAGCAUUUUGAUAUUAAAAAUAUUAAAAACAAAACUGUAAAACCUGCCAAACACUAAUCCUAGCCAACUUCAACACUUCUUCCUCUUAAAUAGCUACUCAUAUAUAAGUUUUGAAAAUUGUCUUAAAAUAACUAUUUCAGGGAGUAUGAUGUACUCAUGAGAUUGUAAGAAGGUGUUGUGUUGUUUUCUUCUCAAUCAUAGUUGUUGUUUCCCUAGUGGCUAUGAAGAGAUUUACUCACUUACCAGGUUAGCUCUUUUCUUCAAUUCUUCAUUAAGUGAGAGCCCAAGAUACACCCAUCAUUUACCUUGCUUUCUUUUGUAUAGGUCAUCUAUAAGUUGGUUGAAAAAAUAAAUAAAAAAUAAAUAAUGAUCCCUUGUAUUAACAUAAAGCCUUAGGCCUAAAUCUUAUCGCUGCUUUUUUAAGCCAGAAUACACAGAGACGGACCAAAAAAAAAAAACAUGGUACCAACUCAACAAGAAUUCUAAAGUUACAUCUCAUGUAUAUCACAAAGACAGACCUCACAUUUCAGUCAGGAUUUUUUUUUCGCAUAUGUAGAUUAUGUAUUACUUAAAAUACAUGUAUACAUAUGCAAGCAAAUUAACAAACAUGUUUGGUGAGUUAUCUCAAUUGACUAUAAUCUUUUAAGUUAAAAAAAACAUUUUUAGCACAUAGGAUAGAAAAAAUGGAACAUUAACAGUGAUGGGAGAUUCAUAAUGGCUAAAUAGAAAAUACGCUUCGUCUUCACAGUUAGAAACUAAUUGCUGGACGUUUCCCUUUGCACUAAAAAAUAACUAGCCAAAAGUUUCCAUUCAUAGGAACACCGUGUGAUCAGAUUUGGUAGUCUGUGCCCCACAUGUACGUUGGAUAUUUCUUUACUUCAUAUUCUUAAAAUCAGAAGCAUGAUUUUCAUAGAAUAAAUUAGGAGUUCAUGUACUGUAGAACCUAAUACUAUUAACACAUUAAUACAUUCUGUUCAUAAUACUAUUAUUGAGAAAUCAAACUGACGACCUUAUAAGAUAUCAGGUAUUUCCCACAUCUCAUUAUAUUCAUAGGACAUUUUUGGACGUGCAUCUCACCAAGAACCAUGUGGUAACAAGAUAAAUGAUACUAAGGUACUAUGGAAUUUUUGAAGCUUAAUUCGCUAGGACAUGCUAAAGAAGACUAUUUUAAAGAAACCCAUCUAAUUAGAAUGAAAAAAUUAUCAAAUCAUUAUAAUUAAUAAGCAGAAAACAAAUCAGUACAGAAACCCCUGUGUCUUUCCUGGCUUUAUCUGUGAUUAAUUUUAUCCAGUUUUAAAGUAUGGUUAACUUUAUCAUUCUUCUAACACGUUUUGCUUUUCCUAGUUGUUCAUUUUCCUUUAGAUUGUUGACAGUUUGGGCAAUUUGUCCAUAACCUUAUUCACAGAGGAUACCUUCCUUGGGUUUCUAUUAAUAAGAGGCACAAGUAAUUAAAGCAGGUACACGUUUAAGGGAGCAGAGUUAAUAUAUGUUCUAGUUGGAUUUCUGUAAAUGUUCUUCUGAAAA